CGUUCUCCCUCCCAUUAUGUCUCUCACACACAACACACACUAGCCCGACUUCCAACUCUCUUCUCUCACUCUAACAAAAAGUCUCAUUUCUUUGCCACAAAACAACCAGGAAUUUGAUUCCAAAAACGAACAACAAACCUAUUCAGAAAAGAAAACACCAGAAUCCAAAUCCCAUUACAGAGCAUCACAUGGGUCGGUUGUUGAAACUUGAAUCUUGAGUCUUCACGUUAAUGAUCUCCCAGUGAAAAAGAUAGUUUCUUUACAACUUUCAGACCAGGCCCUGAGAUGGGCAGUUCCGAAUUCCUCUUAGUUCUCCUUAUUUUCUUCGCAUUUUCUUGUUCCAGACCUGUUCAUGGGAAUGCCGAGCUGAGAGCUUUGAUGGACAUAAAAACUUCUUUGGACCCGGAAAAUAAGUAUCUUUCUUCGUGGACUAGUGAUGGUGAUCCGUGUGCAGGCACGUUUCUGGGUGUGGCUUGUAAUGAGCACCGGAAAGUUGCUAAUAUAUCAUUGCAGAGUAAAGGGCUCACCGGAAAAGUGCCGCCGGCGCUGGCCAGACUCGAGUGCUUGUCUGGAUUGUACUUGCAUUAUAAUUCUCUGACUGGACAGAUUCCGAAAGAGAUUGCUAAUCUCAACGAGCUGAAUGAUCUUUAUCUGAAUGUAAAUAAUCUUUCUGGGACGAUUCCUCCUGAGCUUGGAAGCAUGGCUAGUCUCCAAGUUUUGCAGCUAUCUGGUAACCAGUUGACGGGCAAUAUACCUACAGAGAUGGGGUUUUUGAGGAAGCUCAAUGUGCUUGCAUUGGAAUACAAUGGGUUAACUGGAUCAAUUCCUGCAAAUUUAGGGAAUCUGGGUAUGCUGAGAAGGCUUUAUUUAAGCUUUAAUCAACUUUCUGGUUCAAUUCCUGUUGCGUUAGCUGGUGCUCCUAAUUUGGAGGUUCUAGAUGUUCAAAAUAACACCCUAUCUGGUGUUGUACCUCCUGCUUUGCAAAAGUUGAAUGAAGGGUUUCAUUUUGAAAAUAAUCCUGAUUUAUGUGGUGUUGGCUUUACUUCUUUGAGAAAUUGCACUGCUUGGGAUAAUCUAAACAUCAAUCAAGUGGCACCAUUGGCGCCUACAUCCAACAAUAAUGCUUCCCCGCUACCUCAGUUUGCUUAUGUUCAUGUGCAUUGCAACCAAACACGUUGCUCAAGUUCAUCCAAACUUCCAAGAAUAGCAAUUGUUUCUGGGGUAACUGCUCUCACAGGUUCAUUGAUGAUUGCUGCAUUUCUGAGCAUUUUUCGGCAUCGCCGACAAAAGCAAAGAAUUGGAAACACUUCCGACAUUUCUGAUGACCGUUGCAGCAUAGGACAGAUAAAGGAAUCUUGCAGAAGUCCCUCGCCACUGGUUUGUCUCGAGUAUUCCAAAGGAUGGGACCAAAUGAUUGCAGAGCAGAACUGCCAUGGCUUGUGUCCUACAGAGCUCCCAAAGGGCCUUAAGUUUAAUUUAGAUGAGAUUGAAUCAGCAACUCAGCACUUCUCAGAGAUGAACCUGUUGGGAAAAAGCAAAGUUUCAUUCGUCUACAAAGGAAUUUUAAAAGAUGGUUCCGUAGUUGCUAUAAAGAGCAUCAACGUGACUAGCUGCAAGUCAGAAGAAGCAGAAUUCAUGAAGGGAUUGAACUUAUUGACCUCUCUUAAACAUGAAAAUCUUGUUAGACUAAGGGGAUUCUGUUGUUCAAAGGGUAGGGGUGAGUGUUUCCUCAUCUAUGAUUUUGCUUCCAGGGGUAAUCUGUCACAGUAUCUUGAUGUGGAAGAUGAUAGGAGCAGUAUUCUUGACUGGGCCACUAGGGUUUCUGUCAUUAAUGGGAUUGCAAAAGGUUAG